AUGAAUCCGCCACAAGAAAUUUUGAUCAUCUUCGUCAUCAUCAUCAUCUUCUUAGAUUAUGUCUCUGCUCAACCUCCUCCUCCUCCUCCUUUUUACACAACCAACGACCUCUUCAAGCCGAGCUUAGCCAUCAUCACCGGAGUUUUCUCCGUCGUCUUCACACUCACCUUCGUUCUCCUCGUCUACGCCAAAUGCUUCCACAACGAUCUCCGAUCAGAGAGCGACGGUGACGGAGAAGGAGGACGACACGAUCGUCUCUGGCAAGGACUAUUCAACCGAUCUUCUCGACUGUCUGGUCUCAACAAAACAGCAAUCGAAUCUCUUCCCUUUUUCAGAUUCUCUGCUUUGAAAGGACUGAAACAAGGCUUGGAAUGUUCUGUUUGUUUGUCUAAAUUCGAAGAUGUUGAGAUUCUUAGGCUUUUGCCUAAAUGCAAACACGCUUUCCACAUUGGGUGUAUUGAUGAGUGGCUUGAGCAGCACGCUACGUGUCCUUUGUGUAGAAACAGAGUCUCCAUUGAAGACGAUCUCUCUGUUUUGGGUUAUAGUAGCAAUAGUUUGAGGAUCAUGAACGAAUCUCAGGCAAGAGAAGAAGGCUCGAGCUUGGAGAUUUACAUCGAACGUGAAGAAGGAAUUAGUGAUGGUUCUUCGAGAUUCAGCAGUUUCCGCAAGAUUCUUAAGAUUGGUGGUGGUAAGAAGGAAACAUCGUCGUCGCUUGCUGUACAAGGCAACGAGAAACCUAUGCAUAAGUUCAAUCACAGGAUCGUUGUUUCUGAUGCUGUUUUCAAGAACCGUUGGAGUAACGUGUCUCCGUCGGAUUUGACGUUUUUGACGACGGAGAUGCUGAAUUCGGUGUCAAACGACAGAUUCUCUUCCAUGGAUCGAGUGGAGAGAGGUAACUUGCGUGAUAAGGAAGAGAUUGAGAUGAAGAGAAUGUCGAAGAACAAAGACUCGACGAGAAGAGCGGUCUCUGAGAUCACGGCUGUUCCUAGACUCAGCGUUUUGCAAGUUAGAACAGACACUAGUGGAAACGCGACUGAAGAUAACAGCGGUUCAACCGCUGCUUCGGCGUCCACAUCGCAGAACGCGAUUGCUGAGAUGGAGGAAAGAAGACGGCGGUUGUGGUUGCCAAUCGCUAGAAAAACGGCUCAGUGGUUUGUUAACAGAGAGAAAGGGAUUGAACAAAACACAACACGCCAAAAUCUCAACGUAUAG